GUAGAGAAACACAGCCUUCUUUCUUCUUAUCUGUCUCUGUUGUUUCUGACACAAACCUCACAAGUCAUUGUUAGUGGCAGUGGAUGAAUUAUGAUCAAGUGUUGUUUUCAAGCUUCUAGACGAAAUGAGUGUGGGGAAAGUGCGAAGAGACGUUCAUCACAGACCAGUUCUGCUGAAAAUAAGAAGUACAAUCCCUGUGUUAGCACUUGGAGGGAUAGAGCAAGACAAAGGUUUUUUUUCUUGAGCCUCACACUGAGUAGAAGACAGAGAAGAAAGUAAAAAAGAGGGAGGUUUAGCGAAUGUUUUGAAAUUGCCCAAGGAAGAUAACAGUGUAUUAUUCUUCAGAGUUGAGCAAGAGUUGGAGUAGAGAUAGAAUUGAAUCGUAUCGAUGAACUAUCUCUCGAAGAAAUAUGAAUAUCUCCAAAGCAGUCUUUUUAAGUGGUUUAUGAUAUACUAUUGGAUUUGCAUCUACAAGAUUACUAUCCUGAAAUCUGAAUCUUACUUGAUACAUUAGUAUUAGUAUUACUUUCACUUCUCAACCGUCACUAGAAAGUAGAAACACAUAUCAGAAUUUGUGUUUAAACUAAACCGCCUAAUACGAAGUAGAAAAUGUUGGUUGUAAAUUGAGUUUAGUGAAGGGGUGCAUGUGUUAAGGGUUGUGACUUUUGGUUAAGUAGAUUUACUUAAGAGUUUCAAAGAGAUAGACACAACUCUUCAUUAAAGAGAUGCAAUGAAGAGAUGCAAGUGUUCACUUUGUAUUGUAAUGCUUCAUUUUCUAUUUAAACUUUUGUUGUUGUGGUGGGAAACAAUAAGUUCAAAUUUGUAUUCUAUUAAUAAAAGAUAAAGUUUUUGUUACUUGAGUUUGCAGUUUGCACUGAACAAAAUUUAUACAAUCAUAUAGAUUGUGACAUAGAAAGAUUUGUUCCCCCUUUAAGAAACUCAUCUCUUAUUCUUUGUUCUUUUGUUUAAAUUAUUGAAGAGUUUUUUUUUACAGAAAGCGCAUGUAAAAUAUAAAUAUCUAGCCCAUAUUAAUUGGAUUCCAGAGAAUACAAGUAAGUAGACGGCGCAGUAAGAAAGAGGAAAAGGAAAACAUAGAAAAGAAUAGAUAAAAAGGCAUAAUGGCCAAUUACUAUAACAACUAGUAUUUCCUUUUUUCAUCUAGUGAGUUUCUCACUUUAUCGUCUCUCUAUAUAAAAGAACAAGGGUAUCAAAGAGUGAGAUUUUCGCCUCUUCAUUACCAUCACCCUCUCCAGCGUUACGAUCAACCUAGGUUCUUUACGUUGAUCAGACAAAUCAUGUCCGUAGUUGAGAACAUUCAUCUGGAACCUAGAGCCAAAAGGCAGAAAAUAGAACCAAACGAGCCUUCGUAUUCUAGUAGAAGAUGUGGUCACUGGUUCGUUCGUUACGGAGUAUGCACCACCUGCAAUUCCUCUGUUGACAAAGACCAAGGCCAAGCAUUCAAUUAUCUUUUAGAUGGUCUACAGCUAAGCCACGAGGCUGUAGCUGUAACAAAGCACCUUACCACAUUAGUCUCUUGUUCCAACGAGAAAAAACUUCACUUAGUCCUUGACUUGGACCACUCGCUUCUCCACACCACUCGUCUACCGUGUCUCACCGAAGCAGAGAAGUAUCUAAUCGAAGAAGCGGGUUCAAAAAGAAGAGACGAUCUAUACAAGUGGCAACCUCAAGGAGAAAAUCCCAUGGUGUUCUUGACAAAGCUAAGGCCUUUUGUUAGAGAUUUUCUGGAAGAAGCCAACAAGAUUUUCACAAUGUAUGUUUACACAAAGGGUAAUCGCGAUUAUGCUAAAUUCAUCAUGAAGCUUAUUGAUCCGAAGCAAAUAUAUUUCGGGGAGAGAGUGAUAACAAGAGACGAGAGUCCUUAUAUGAAGACGCUUGAUUUGGUUUUGGCUCAUGAGCGAGGAGUGGUGAUUGUGGAUGAUACACGUGAUGUGUGGCCUGAUCACAAGAGCAACUUGGUUGAAAUUAGCAAAUACAACUAUUUUAGGAUGAGCAAGAGCCAACAUUUGAAGCCAUACUCUGAGGAGAAGACAGACGAGAGUGAAACUGACGGUGGUUUGGCCAAUGUUUUGAAGCUACUCAAAGAAGUUCACUGUGGAUUCUUCAGAGUCGGUGAAGAAAAAGAGUUGGAGUUUAAAGACGUGAGGUUGCUGCUACAGGAGAUAGAGUUCAAUUAUGCCGACAAAGAACCCUUUUAGUUCUGUAGAAACAUUAUAAAAACAUCUGUGUGGUCUCGUUCAUAAGUGUUACAAAAAAAAAAAGUCUCGUUCAUAUGUAAUAAGUGUAUAUUUGAAAAGUUGUUUUGAUUAAGAACCUUAAAACCAUAUUCCAUAUGUUGUUUUACUAUAUUUCUUUGGCAUUAAUCUAAUAUCUCUUAGGUAAUAAUAUGUCCUUAAAGCCAAAAGAACUACAAAGUAUUGUAUUAAGUAUUUACUUCUACUUUAUACACUCAAACGAAAAGAUUAAAAA